AUUAAAGGUCCAUUUAACACAGAGAAAGAUUACGCAAUGAAAUUACUUGUAUUAUUCAAUCUGAUCGUUGGAAUAACCAUCGUAAGAUGUGAUAUCAAUAUGGGAAAUCCGAGAGGCAGCAACAAUCGUUGUGACGAAGCUUCUCGUGGACGUAGGAACGCCAAUAGAUUGUUUGACUCUCAGAAUAACGACAGAGGAGGACACAAUGUUGGCAGUUUUCCUGGGAAAAUGUAUUACUACGCUGGAUCAAAACUCGAAAUCCAAUGGGCAAAUCAGCACUCGUGUAAUGAUGAAAACAAUAAUUGUAAUGUAGUCAUCCAAUACAUGUGCGAUGAAAACUUGAGAGACGGUACGAACACAGACGAGGCACCAACGGAAUGUGAUGGAGACUGUGAUACCAAUCCAGAAUAUGGCCAUCACGAGUCUUUAACUUAUUACGAGCAAUGUGCAAGCCGCGAAAGAAAUAAGGGUCUUUUCGUCGCCAACAGAGCAGGUAGAAUGGGUGAUUCUGCUCAAUCUACACGACAAAACAACAACGGUAAUAGACACGGAUUUGAAUGCCCAGAGGAAAGAGAUUAUUAUCCCUAUUUUGGACCAACACCAUGGAAAGACAUCGCCAUUCUCACGUCCGAUACCUCAAAGUGUGCUCUUUACCAUGCCGAAAGUCAAAACGAAAAGUCGAAAUGGGCUUGUAGUCUUCCUGACGAAUACUGGGAGAGUGUUAAAGGCCAAUUGUUAGAAGAUGACGAAGCGCCAGAAAUUACUUUGUAUAACGACCAAGCUUCUUGCGAGCAGGUUCAAGUAACUUUAGAAGAUGGAACUGUUUAUAACGCAGAAUGGCGAGAGUUCCCAUCUCACGGCAUUGCCGCACCAGAAUGUCUUGAAGCACCAUGGUCUAUAGAUAACCAUCAAGGCAACACAUAUGGAGGAGAACUAUUAUCGUAUAUCUGGACAAUCCCUGAUAUCAACGAGGAACAUUGCACUCUAAGAAUGAGAUAUAAUAUUUCAACAAAUGAUUUCAAAUACUGGGACACAGACCAUACAAAGAAUUUAGACAGAGCAAAUGGCAAUUUGGGACCGGAAGAAAUCUACAAUUACUUAACUUUCAAUGGCGAAACAUCCCCAAGAAGUAACAAAAAGCUUGAAGCUACUAGGCGACAUUAUUUCCUUCGAGAUAAUCCAAUUGUAGACGUUUUCGAUUUGCGCACACGAGCGAACAAGUUCAAACUUCGUGUUGCUUUGAACACUGCACAAUACGGAAGAACCUUCCAAGACAGGUCACAUUCUUUCGCCAUCAAGCAAAGGCCAGCUUCGUUAACUAAUGCCAAUAUAUACAAUCUUAAUGUGCGAGGAAAGAGAGGAAAUCUUGCACAGGUUUACCCGGGAUUCGAAUAUGACUUUGUGCCUAACAUAUUGAAUGUAGAUGUAGGAGAUCAUGUGCACAUUCAAUGGACUGGAUCAGAUAAUAACCCAGGAAACAAUGCUGGGCAAGGUGCGAGAAGAACAGACAGACACAAUUUAGUGCAACUUGGACUGAGGCCGUAUGCCGAAGGCGACACUGGCACAAAACUGACGCUUGGUGUAAAUUACCCGAGAGAUAUCGGCGACAAUUUCCUAUGGGGAGAGACAGAAAACAGGAUGAAGGAACUCGCCUUUGGAGGAUACUGCAAACCUGGCGAAACACUGAACGACGCUGAUGCCUAUUUCGACUUCGGAGCAGCCAAAAUGUCAGAGGCUGGAGUGUAUCACUACUUCUGCACUCGCAACAAUAAUUUCUCCAAUCGUAGCCAAAAAGGAACCAUCGUGGUCAAUUAGUUAAUACAUUUAUUGACAGGGAAUUAUGAAGAUAGCUAGAUUUUGAAGUUGUAUAUUAUUUUUUCCCUCUAAUCCUACUACAAUUACUGAAAUAAUUCCUCAAGCAAUUUCAGGAAACGACCAACAAAUUAAAAUGCAGAUAUAAUGUAAUAGAUUUCGCAUUGGAAUGUUCGAUGAAAAUCCAGCUCUAUGUUUUUGAUGUGUAUUAUGCGUCUUGUGUAUAUUUUAGUCCAGAUAAUCAUGUUAUUUAUACGUUAAUUAGGAAAUGGGAAUGUCAAUGGAUGUCCAGGUUUUUCUUUUAAAAUUGGCGUGGUGUGAUUAAAAUAGAAAUAGUAUUUCAACAUAAAUAAAUUUGCUUUGAUUUGUAAAGAACAUCACCAUGAGAAUAGGUACAUAUACCCUCAGUUCGAACAGACCGAAACCAUCCUGUCAAAUGACAAAACCCCUGCACGUAUGCCUUCUUGUUUUCGUAUAAAAUAUCAAAGCGCCCAUUCAGUAUCACGAGAAUGAGGUAUAAACAAAGGGGAUACAACACAAAGCGUCGGACAAUAAACUCCUAGGGACAAGAAUCUGGUGUAGAGUAUUAUGAAGAAUUUUGUGAAUAGGCCUAAUUUGAAGCAUGAAAAUUACUAAUUGAUACAGCGGUACUCGCUCACUUUAUAUUGAUAUCAAAAUGAACAUCAGAAACAUUACGGCAUGGAGCCGCAGAUCAGCAAAGAGCUGUAUGAUCAUUAACCAUUAGCUGCAAUUCCUGAUACAUUGACAUAGUGAGCGCUGCCUUUCUUUCCUAUUUGUCGGAACAGAGAAAAUAGUAUAAUAUACCACCAGAGGAUACUACUGCAAAUAGGAAUAUCACAUGCCACCGACAUUUCUGCCAAAAUCCAAGUUUUUAAACCCACAACACUUGGCAACAUAUACACUAUGUAGGGACUUUCUAUCAAAGUGUUGAAAAUUUGGGCAUUGCUCGCAGAACCUCAACCAGAUUCGCAAGAUUGAAAAUUAUUUUGGUGAAACAGAAAACAGACGUAAUUCCAUAAUACAUUUUCUUACUCUAACCCCGAUUGAUAUAAAGAUAUCAUUCGAGAUGACUUAAUUAUAAAUAUAUUUCAGUGCUACUUAUGGAGGAUAAGAAUUAGUUUUAACUGAAGCCCAACAUCAAAAAGUAAUUACUUCUUGAAUGGAACAUAAAAAGUUCAUUGGACUGUAAGAAAAACGUGCAAAGCAAUACAAAAUGAUAGUAAAAUGAAGAUAUCGCAAUAUCAUUUUUUCUUCGAACUGAGAGCAAUUUGGUGAGAUAAAAAAUAUUUAUAGAAAAAUAUAUACAGAUGCAACUUUUUUCUAGAACAAUAGAUUCCGAGCAGAUUGUCCACUUCAUUGUUUGAGGCCACUUCAAGUUGUAAUGAAAUAUUCUGAAUAACAAACAAAACUUCAUACCCGACCAAACAAACUAUUUAAAUUCUUGUCAUUGCAAUUACCAUUAUUACAUAGCAGUUCAAAUGUGUACUCAAAUAUGUCGCACUGCUGUAAUAUGAAGCAGAUAGCAUAAUAUUGUGAUUUUUUGUCGCUCAUCAUUGUUUCAGUAGUCACUUAAAGAUCGGUUAUGAGUGAGUGAGAGCUUAUGACUGUGUUAUGACUUACAAGCACUUACAUAGAAUGAGUGAAAAAAUAAUAGUCACCAUGUAAUAAAAUGGCAUUUACCUUGAAACAUUUGAAAAAUGGUAUUUCAAAUUAUGAAUACUCAAUAGUUUAAAAUUAGAAUUGCUUCUCAGUAGAAAUGAGUGCAUUAAAAGAAGGAAACAUAAAAUUCACAGGGUUGAUGGUAUAUCUGAAAAAGUCGUCAAUUAAUACGGUUGCAUACUCGUUUGUUAUCCAAUGAUUGUUAUCUGGUCAUUGCUUUAGUUCAUUUUUGGCUUGUGGAAUUAAAUACAAAUUGAAGCAGAAUUUGCAAAAACUGAGAUUGAAUUAUCAUAUGAAGUUGAUACUAGUUAGGCGGAAGGUAUUUGGCACGUAUAGUGUGGUAGGGUAACACAAUAAUAAUUCUAAAGGUAUUUAGUAAAAAGGCAAAGUGAAGAUUUUCUACCACAUAUCUUAAAUCUUUUAUAAAUAACUCAUUAUAGACCCCUGUUGUAGAUACCAUUCACUUUUCCGCAGUUGGGACAAGUGUGAACAACAUUUUUCAUGUCGUUGAUGAGACAAGGAAUCCAAGCAAAUAUUCCACAUCCAAUCAAGCAGAUAAAUCCUGCAGCAAACCAAGUGAUCAACCCAACUUCGUAUCUCACGUUUGUUACAAUGUAAUUUCUGCAGUACAUGCAUUGACACUGUACAGGACUCGCAGUAUUGAAGUUGGAAAUCACAAGCAUAGGUUGCUGGGUGACAACAACUGCACCCCCUGAAAUAGGUUCCGAAUACUGAGUGUUGAAUUCAUAACUGGGUGGAGGUGGGGGAGCUGGAUGGACCUUUGCGUCGUGUACUGGAGGACCGUCACUUGCCAUUUUCCCCUCAAAUUAUCACUUUAAUACAUAACAACCGUAGUGAAUCGGUUUGCAAAGUCUACGGAUUAACUUUUCUGA